AUGGCACUUACGAUUGGUAAACGUACAGGACGACCAACAUCAUCAUCGAUAAAAGCAAAACGGAACAGAGCUGCUGAGGAUAAACCAUCAGUUUUCGUAACACAGUUGGCAACACUAGCACCGUCAGAUGAUGACUCAAUAAGAACUACAUUUAAUCAAUUUGAAUCAAAUCAUAUUUGGGCUCGUCCACCGCUCCCUGCUGAAUUACAUACGAAUGAACCGGAAAUCGAUUUUCAAGUUGUUGAUGUUGAUUAUUAUAUGGAUAAAGAAAAUAACGUUAUCAUUCGUUUAUUCGGAGCUACUGCUGGUCAGAAUUCAGUCUGUGUUCAAGUUCAUGGAUUUCUUCCGUAUUUCUAUGUAUUAUUGGAAAGUCCGUUUGAUGAAAAGGAUAUAGAAUAUGCAAAGAAAUACCUGAACGAUAUUAUUAAGGUUCAGGUUCCGGCAAAUAUCGGCAUUCCAAAGAACAUUGAGAAUUUAGUCGUUGAUCUCGAUAUUGUAUACGGUGUCAGUAUUUACGAGUAUAGGAAGGACCUGAAUCAGAAGUUUCUGAAAGUAUAUGUUCGUUCUCCGAAACUUUUCAAUCUCUGUCGACGAGUAUUUACCAAUGGAGUGAACUUAACGAGAGGAGGGCAAACCGAGUCAUUAUCAUGUUUUGAAACAAAUAUUGAUUUCGAAAUUAGAUUUAUGACGGAUCAUGAUUUGGUUGGUUGCGCAUGGGUUACAUUGCCAUCGAAAAAAUACCGAAUUAUUACGGGAAAGGAAAUGAUUAGUCGUUGUCAGUUUGAGUGUUUGAUAAACAAUUCAGACCUCGUUAUUCAUCCCCCUGAAUCAGCUCCAAGGUGGUCGUCAAUAGCACCAUUGCGUAUUCUAUCGUUUGAUAUCGAAUGCACAAAUCGACAGGGAAUAUUUCCGGAAGCUCAAAACGAUGCUGUUAUACAAAUAGCUAAUAUGGUCAAAAUUGAAGGCGAGAAUGAACCGUUCAUUCGGAAUUGUUUUGUAAUUGGUGAAACUGCUCCAGUCAUUGGCAGUGAAAUUAUUAUUUCUAAAUCAGAAGAAGAAUUGCUUAAUAAAUGGGCAGAAUUUGUUCGUACUGUUGAUCCAGAUCUCAUUACUGGUUACAAUAUUCAGAAUUUUGAUUUCCCAUAUAUUGUAGAACGUGCUCGAGUACUGAAGGUUGAAAAUCGAGCGACGAUGCUAGGACGUAUCCCAAGUUCACUUUCGAAAGUUCGAGAAAUGCCUUUAUCUAGUAAACAAAUGGGUAACAGAGCGAAUAAAGUAACAAAUGUCGAGGGGCGGGUCGUUUUUGAUGUCUUUCAAGUCGUUUUGCGGGAUUACAAAUUGCGAAGUUAUUCAUUGAACAGUGUCAGCUACCACUUUCUAUGUGAGCAGAAGGAAGAUGUGGACUAUUCAAUGAUUGCCGAACUUCAGAAUGGAAAUGCCUUUACACGUCGUCGACUAGCUAUCUACUGUAUGAAAGAUGCAUAUUUGCCGCUAAAGUUACUGCAGAAGUUGAUGUCCGUCAUUAAUUAUAUCGAGAUGGCACGUGUUACCGGUGUUCCUCUCGACUAUUUACUUUCUAGAGGUCAACAGGUCAAAGUCAUAUCACAGAUCCUGCGAAAAGCAAAAUCGAUGCAUUUAUUUUUGCCGGUUAUUGAUGUCGUGCAAGCUGACGAUACUUACGAGGGUGCAACCGUAAUCGAUCCUAUCCGAGGUUUCUACAACAGUCCAAUUGCAACACUUGAUUUUGCAUCUCUGUAUCCUUCUAUUAUGAUUGCCCACAAUUUGUGCUACACUACGUUGAUUCGGGGUUCAAAUGCAACGCAUAAUUUGUCGGACUCUGAUUUUGAAGUUACUCCUUCAAAUAAUCGUUUCGUGAAGCCGCACAUUCGUCGUGGCUUGUUACCUCAAGUUUUGGAGGAUUUGUUGAACGCUAGGAAACAAGUAAAGAUUGAACUAAAGAAUGAGCAGGAUUCAUUUCGACGUAUGGUAUUAAACGGUAGACAGCUUGCACUGAAAAUAUCGGCAAAUUCGGUUUACGGUUUUACAGGCGCUUCAGUUGGAAAAUUACCAUGUUUAGAGAUCUCUCAGUCAGUAACAGCGUAUGGUCGUCAGAUGAUUGAUUUAACAAAAAAUGCAGUUGAGGAAAUUUACAAGAAGGGUUAUUUGGAUGGUAAAUGUCCAUGUGAUGCUCAGGUUAUUUACGGUGAUACCGACUCAGUGAUGGUGAAAUUCGGUGUUAAAGAUGUCAAAGCAGCGAUGGAACUUGGUUUGCAUGCUGCUACAGAAGUUAGCAAAAAGUUCAGAUUUCCAAUUAAAUUGGAAUUUGAAAAGGUUUACUCACCCUUUCUGUUGAUCAACAAGAAACGCUACGCUGGUUUGUAUUUCACACGUCCUGAAAAGCAUGACAAAAUUGAUUGCAAAGGAUUAGAAACAGUUCGUCGUGAUAAUUGCCCGCUGGUUUCAAAAGUUUUAAAUACAUGCUUAGAAAAAAUGUUGUUGGAAGGUGAUGCUACAAGCGCUCUAGAACAUGCUAAAAAAGUAAUAUCCGAUCUUCUUUGCAAUCGGAUUGAUAUCUCAGAACUCAUAAUCACCAAAGAAUUAACUCGAUCGAGUAAUGCCUAUACUGCGAAACAGGCCCAUGUGGUUUUAGCGGAAAAAAUGCGAGAGCGCGAUUCCGGAUCAGCACCUCGUCUGGGUGAUCGCGUGCCUUAUGUUAUUGUUGCCAAAGGUCAGAAGGUUCCAGCUUAUGAAAAGGCCGAAGAUCCUAUAUAUGUAUUACAAAACAACAUCCCCAUUGAUACAGCCUAUUACUUGGAAAAUCAAUUGGCCAAACCAUUGGCUCGUAUUUUCGAGCCCAUUUUGGGCGAUAAAGCUGAAUCAAUUUUAACAACUGGUGUGCAUACGCUGGUUAGGACAGUAGUGCAAUCCAAGAAAUCCGGAUUGUCACAAUUUUUCCAGAAAACUGAACGAUGCCUUUCAUGCAAGAGCAGUUUACCAAAAGGUGUAAGUGAUGCCACAUGCAUUCAUUGCAAACCAAAUGAAGGGAAGGUGUAUAUUACCCACUUAGCUCUAAUGAAUACUAUAGAAAAUCGCUUUGCACGGUUGUGGACCGAGUGUCAGAAUUGUUCUGGGACAAUGAACGAGGAAGUGCUUUGCUCUUCAAGAGAUUGUCCAAUCUUUUAUAUGCGAGAAAAGGUACGAUAUGACCUUGCAGAACAAAUGAAAUCCCUCCAACGAUUUUACCUCUCAACCUGGUGA